UUUGUUAAAAAUGAUAUCGGGAAUAUGAAUAUGGCGGCUCGCGUAUUGGCACAUUUUACAUCACAAUAUUGAAUAUAUGAGAAUUAUACCUACGUCAUAAAUCAUUAUACGCAUUCUAUGUAUGAAGUUCAGUAAUUCUACCUUCUACACACGACUGACUAUAUCGAUACUGGAAGCAUAGAAUAAAGAUCGACUGGAAUCUUACGCCAACUUUGUUGACACCCAUUACCAACAUGAGUAUUUUCAAUUGGUUUUAUAAAAUAUUUAACACUGAUGUACAAACAAAUUUAGAUCUGCCUUCAGAAUUUCAAUUACCAACUGAAGGAACUGAGAAUAUUAAUGCCGAAAUAAAUAAUUUAGAAAUCGAUGAUUUCACUGAUUCAUUCAAUAGAAGAAACCAAUUUGAAAAUGAUAGAAAUGUGUUUAAUCUUGAAGAUAUUUUUAGAUUGAUGGAAUUAGAAUUUCAAAAUUUCCAAAAUAAUAUGAUUUCCGAUGUUUCUACAAUUCCGAUCAACCAAUCAACAAAUAAAGAAGAAUUAAAAAAUGGUAUACCAAAAAAAAAUUUUAUAGCACAAAGUACUUUUCUUAAUCCUUGCUCUGCUUCAAGACCUUUUGACAAACCUUCAAUAAACAUAAUCAAGAAGUCAGGAUCACAAUAUUUUGAAAAGCCUGGCUGGUCCUCGAGGUCGUCUUAUGUAUCUAAAAACUGGAAUGGCAGAAUAAUUGAAAAAGAAACCCGCACUAAUCAAUUACAAGAUGGAAAUACUGAAACAGUAAUUAUCAUGAAAGAUGGAAAUAAAAAAUGUGUAGAAACAAUAACAGAAAACUCAAAAACUGGGGAAAAAAUUGAAAAUCUACAAUUAUUCAACUUGGACAAAAAUGAAUUGAAUGAAUUCAAAAAUCAAUUUUGAAAUUCUAAUAGUGUGAAUAAAUUUGUCCAUAUAUUUAUGGAUAGACACAGAAAUAUGGUAAUUUCUUAGUGUAAAUACACAAAACAAAAUUGUACUGUUGAACUAGUAAAAAUAUAAUUAUGUUAUUAACAUAUAGUUAUGUAUUAAAUGACUAUAAUUGUUAACAGUUAAAAAUUACAAUGUAUGAUGAUUGUCAAAAAUUAAUUAUUUGUUCAUGUAUUUCUUGUUGACCUUGCUAAAAUACAAACAUUUCGAUUUCAAAUAAAUCUCUAACACAAGCC